AGCAGCCAGCCAGCCUGAUCAUUCCCCCAGCCGGGACCAUGGACCGGCUGCUGUGGGCGUUGGCGCCGGCGCUAGUCUGCGGCGGCAAGCGGGGCAAGGGCGACGACGCCGCCGCCGUCGUGGACCCGAUGGGCGCGGCGUUGGGGCAGCUGGGCGAGUGGCUGUGCCGGGCGGCGGUGCAGCCGCCGCCGCCGCCGCCGCGGCGGGUGUGCGGGACGCCUGGGGGCCCGCCCGUGACGGCGCGCCGGGUGCGGCUCAGCGACGGGCGGCACCUGGCCUACGAGGAGUCCGGCGUGCCCAGGGACACCGCGCGGUGCAGGGUCGUCUUCUCGCACGGCUUCACGGGGUCCCGGCUCGACAGCCUCCUCGCCUCGCAGGUUAGUGACCAUUCAAUCUAAGUGAAAAAAAAAUGCAGAAAG